AUGGACGCAAUUCUCGGCUUGCUUGGGAUAUGUGGGGCAAACUGUGCGGAGGAUCGUGAUGCAGACAGCAAGGGACGCACGGAAGGAGUGGAGCAGGCCUUGGAAGAUGACCCGUCCACCAGGGCUCGGCGCGUGUACCACAUGGGCAACCUCCUCCAGAAGAGGGGGGAGGUGAAGGAGGCCGCCAAGAUGUACCGCAGCGCGGUCAAACUCGACCCCGCGCACAAGGCGUCUCACUACAACCUCGGAAUCGCACUUCAAGAGCUGGGCGAGCUGGAUGAGGCUGCCUCUUGCUAUGAGAAGGCCAUCGCGCUGGCACCGGACUACGUUCUGGCUCACUACAACCUCGCCUACGUCAGACAAGACCAGGGGAGGCUGAUCGAAGCCGCGCAGCACUUCCGCGUCGCGGCGGACCUGGACCCGAGCGACGUGGACAUUCACAUCAGCCUUGGCAAUGUGCUCAGACAGGACGGGGAAUCGGCCGCGGCGAUAGCGGCGUACGAGGAAGCUAUGCAGCUCGACAGCACCAACCGGAUGGCGGCUUACAACCUGGGAGGAAUCUUGCAGGACAACUUCGAGGAGGAGAAGGCGAUCGAGUGCUUCAACCGCACCAUCCAGAUCGACCCGGAUUACGCCGAUGCUCACUACAACCUGGGGAUAUGCCUGGAGACAGUGUGCCGUUUCGAGGAGGCGCUCAUCGCAUACUCAGAAGCGCAGCGGCUGGACCCAUCCACCGACGAGGCGGCGGAGCAGGCGGAGCGGGUGAGGGGCUUGAUCGCCGCACAGGCGGCGGGAGCGGGAGAGGCGGCUCUGCCACCGCCGUCCGUCUUCGCGGGGUCCGUCCCGAGCACGCUCCCGCUCGUCGCCGAGGAGGAGGACGAGGCGGUCCUUGCCGCGGCCGCGGCGGCGGCGGCAGCUGCGCGGGCGCAGGCGGACUCCAAGGAGAGACUGGCCCAGAAGGCGGCGAAGGCGGCGGAGCAGGCAACGAAGGCGGCGGCGGCGGCCACCGCCGCCGCCGAGAGCGCGGCGUCGCUGAUCUCGCCGGCGAGCAAGGCGGCCGCCGGGCUGAGCGUGGUCCCGACGGCGCUGGCGCUGGGCGGCGGCGAGGACGGGGGCGUCGGCGGGGGGGAGGAGGAGGACGUGCUGGGAGAGGCGCAGCCGCCGACGGUCUGGACGAACGGGCGGAAGGCGGCGGAGCGCGACAGCGACAGCAUGUCGGACCUGGGUGCCCAGCACGAGUUGCUCCUGCCCGUGGGUCUCAGGAGGUCCUCCGGACAAUGAACGGUCUGUAAGACGCGCCGAGGAGGACGUCGACGGUGGGCUGGUCGAGUUCCGCGAGCAACGCGACGGCACGGGACGCGCACUCAAUCUAUUGGCGGGGAGGGUUUAUUGACGGGGACGAUUGGUUGAUGAUUCACAAGAGACGCCGCCGGCCGGGCUGGAUGGCUGGCUGGCGGGAGAGCCGGAGCGACAGUCUGGCUCGGUUGCGGGCGAGGAUGGAGGAACGGUCUUUUUGCAGGGGGGUCGACAGGACACGCAGGCGGGGGGGCGGGGGUGGCCGGCCGAAGCCAAGAGCCACGCGUUUGGGUGUGGGGUUGGGCACUUUCUUAGGGAGUGUGCACCCGGGAAGAAGAGUACGUGGCGGAAGAGGGAGGAGGGGGGGAUAAUUGUUGGUGCCGACGGGGGCGGCAGAAGCAGGGGGCAUUCGGUAUCAUACUUGGAACCGACCAUCUAGAGUUUUGUGGGUGCGCGGGCGACCGUUGUAGAGCCAGGCAGGAUAUGCAGACAAUCCACUCCUGUGUGUUUUGAGUUUGUGUUCAAUCCUGGCGCCGGGGGCAAAGGGGGGCACACGGCUAGUAGUUGCUAGCCCCCCCUCCCCCAUUUCCUGCGGGUAAUGUCUUGUAUCAAGAGUAUGUUGUCUCGCCUCGUCCUUGCUGGGUGGUGGACCACCAAUUGCUUUUCGGUCAUUGCAUGUUAUAUACAUCUCUUCCUGUCUCAUGUGUUCCUGACGCCACUGGCCGGUCGUCUGUUGAUCUCUUCGUUGCCAUGCAAGCACCCGAGGUUGUCGUUCUCAUUAGUGCCUACCUCUGCGUCGGCAUCGCGCGGGUCGAUUUUGUUGUUGAGUAGGAGUGGAAGCCGUAGAGGGGGGCAAGGCUGACUAGCUCGAGAGGGGUAACACGCAGCGCAGCGCCGCGGAGCUCGAGCAGGGUCGUUUGCGACUCUCCGGCUGGGCUUGAUUGGGCUUCCAGGCCUGGGGCAUAGUCAAACCUUAGCCGAGCCUUGGCGGGCUAUGCUGUCUCUCUUCUUCACACGCUUCACGCCUUGUUUGAAAGCACCACCGUCCUGGCCCGUUUACCUGCUGCAGGCCGUGCUCAUGCGGCACAGCAGUAGUAGUGGACAGGCCUGUUCGAGUACAGCAGCAGCCGUAGUAUACCUUGCAGGAAAGUCGUGGCGGAUGUGAACGAGGCGCUAGGGUGUUCGGAGACACGAAGGCGUGAUGGGGGGAGCGGUAGCAUGUGAACACGUAUGCAUACAAGUACCUGGAUUUUGAUGGAGCGACUUUUCAGAAAGAGAGGUGCAUCUUGCGUGAUGAGAAUCUACCAUCGCGUAAGAAGUUAUUGUUCCUAGACAAAAAAUUAGGGAGGGGGGAGGGGGGGGGUGGGGGGGGCGCACGGAUAGGUUGGGGGGGUAGGUGAUGCCUAGGGUUCUGUGUAUCUACUUUGUUGCGCUGUAGCGUAAUGUGCCGGGUGGCACAGCAGUUGGUGCAUGCGAAGCACAAGCCGAACUCGAACCAUUCCCUGGUGUAGAUGGAGUGCUUUCCUUCGUUUCUUUGCUCGGUUUGGUCUUUUCGGAUGGGCGCGCUUGUGUGUGUGCCGUUGCCAAUUGUUUGUUCUCGGCCCACGGGAACAUACCAUACCAUGUAGAUUUGAUGGUUGUGUUGUCGAGUUCGGGUUUUUUGUUCUGUUUUUCGCGGGGGUUUUACUUCACGCGGACGGGGGUUCUGCCUUCCUUUUUUUUUUCGCAAAUGCCAUUCCUACCAGUUACCCCCCCCCCCCUCCCCCCAAUAUAGACGGAGGCUUUCAGGAUUGUUUUGUUUUGUUUACGGCCGGUCAGUUAUUGGUUGCGGACCAGCCGGUAGGAUUGUGUGUGUGUGUGCGUGCGCGUGUGUGUGUAUGUUUUGUCUUUUGUAGUUGUCUGGAAGCGGCGAAGAGAGAUUUGCUGCGUUUUGAUUUUUUUUUUUGUGGGUGCGCCUGCGUGUGGGUGCGCCUGCGUCUUUUUUUUUGGUGGGUGUCGUUUUCUCUUCCCGCGGUCACCAAGGCGAGGACACGGGAGGAAAUGCGGUUCCAUGGUACGGUUCGGUACAGAGUCGUUUCCUUGGUACGGUACGGUACGGUUUGCCGGUAGAGGGCAGGGUGGGCACUACAUGCAAGCAUUGACCAAGGCUGGGUGCGUUAGGUACUAGGCUGGGUGGUUUGUGUCGUGUAGCUCGGCCGAUCGCGGUUGAAUGGAGCCCUCCGCGCGGAGCGUACGUACCUACAUGCUGUUAUUUUUUGUGAUGCCUCCGCCUUCUCUUUGUCGGUUAGUUCGUGUUUUCACCCCUCGAUUUUAUGAUUCGUUUUUCCUGAUUCCAUGGUGGUUUCGAGUUGAAUCGAAGCAAGAGCGCGGCCACGGCCUUUGUCUGCCUGCUGUCUUUAUCCGGUUUGUCUGUAUAGUGCGGUCUGCGCCCGCGGCCGGAUACACAAGGGUGUUGGCUGGAUCGCUCUCAGGGCGAAUAGUAUUGUUUUGCGACGUUGGCUGUCGCCUGCCUUACACCGCGUAGAGUAAAUCUCUUUCUGGUUGCUCCCUUCGCAAGGGGAGAGGUAUUAUUUUGGGAUCUUGAGGUCAUUAUAAAAUUCAACCAAAGC